UGGAUACUUUUGACACUUGAGAUAAUAGCGAUCUAUUGUUUUUGCUUCACAUUGAUGUGUGUCCGUUUAUUUGUUUAUUUCAAAACCUUCCAACUUAGGGAAGAUGUAUAUGAAUACUUGGAUUAUAAAACCACUUUCCCUGGCCACUUUCCAUUGGAAUAUAAGCAGUAAGCAAACUUGUUGGGUUCAUUCGGGUGCGAUGAUUCCAAGUAUAGCACAAUUGAUUGUUAUGAAGUGUUAAAAGAAAUAUCUAGUCUUUUUGGUCCCAAGGUGGUGCAGUUUGUUCUCUCAAUGCCCAUGGUAGCUUACAAAAUUGAAGACAUCGAAACUCUUCCUUUUUCAGCCAGGCAAAGUUUCGAUCCAUUUAGUAACGAAUUAAGACCUGAUGUGAACCCGGUUUUAGUCACUGAAAUCCCUUACAAUGAUAUCAAGGAAACAUUGCACUCUUUUGUUCACGAUACAAGACCUAAUAUGUGUAUCAGGGACAUAUUGACUCCAGAUUUUACCGUCUAUGAUGGGGAUAAUAUUUUGUGUAGCCCCAGCCUAAGCCAAAAGAACAAACAGUGGCCAGAUGAAGAAACUAAAGCUCACAGUUGUCCAACAUUCUUUGAAGGUUUAAUCUACAUUCUUCAGAAGGCGAAGCAGAAUAAUGAGGGCACUGAAGCUUUCAAGUUUUACCAAAAUUUACCGGCUCCGUUGGUGUCGGUAGAGAAUCCAAUGAGAGCAGUUGAGCAGGUUGAAGAUUUGGCUCGGAGUCGGUAUGGCCUUAUCCUUAGGCCUAAAAUUCUUGACAACUGUAAAACUCUAAGUCCUGACCCAUAUACCCACCACCAGUCAGAGGUCAAAUGGCUAACUUACAACUCGGGGGCAGAGUUGUUGCAUCUGUCGAAAUCUUGUCUAACGUCACUCUAUAAAGUGAAAGCCGGGUAUUUGAAGGAUGUCAUUCUAGAUGAUACCAACGACCAUGAAUAUGUGGUUGUGAAAAUCUAUAAUCCCACUCGUUAUGACGUAAGGAACGAUAAUGAGUUUGCCCAACAUUGGGUUUGGGAGCACUAUUGCCAAGAAAUGCAUGCAAUUGAACGGCUUUUGAAUUCUGAAGAGUAUAAUAACGUUUACUUGAGACAUAUGGAUAUUGAAGUCCAGUACCACCGAGGCUAUGGGGAAGUGAUAAAAGGUUAUGCCAUUAUAUCAAGGUUUAUCCAAUCCGAAUAGAUUCCAGAUACUUUGGAAGUUUAUAACCAAGCGAAGCAGCAACUCGAGGCUAUUCACCAAGCUGGGGUUACUCAUGGUGAUAUUGAAACGCUGCAUUUAUUGUUUGCAGACAAAGUCUAUUUUAUUGACUUUAGCUACUCAAGGAUGAUAAAUAACGCUGAUGUCGAUAGACCGAGCUGUUGGAUGGAGGUUAAUUUCGACCAUUUACGUUGUCUGUUUCGGGAAGUUUUUGGAGACAUCUAGAAGAGUUGGUAUUUUGUUUAUAGGUAGGUGACUUAAUGUUUACAAGUUCGCUUGCAGGUGCAACAGAGAACGCUGAUUGUGCCUGAUAGGACGAUGCACACCCUGGUAGAUUUGUUCUUUAAUUGGAACAGGAAACUUUCCUCCGUCGAUUCGGUCGAGGUGCAGAAUUGCUCAGAAUAACGUAGUUUUGGUAUAAGUCCGCUCAAGAUCCGAAAGCCUCCCGCGUACUCAACCACUGAAAACGGUAGUACCGAUUACCCGAUUUUCAAGUCUUGGCUUUCCUAAGCCGCUAGAAUCCACGCAUAGACUGCCCCCUCAGCCCACGACAAAUGACAUUGAAUUCAACAUACCCUCAGAGUGGGUGUUAGCCUUUAGUGUUUCUGCCUUACCAAUUUAACAUUUCAGCCCACUGGGGCUUCUGAGGCUUCUGAGUCCAUCGUUCCCAAUCGCUUUGUAUGACAUAUAACUCUUUUUUAUGAAAGAUCCCCCCGGCAGCCAGAUGCAGAGUUGCCGGUGAAAACGAUUGACGUAACAGUGCACAAAACGCCUGUUUCUGCACAGUAGCCUUUCUGCCAUUACAUAUGUGGUAAGUAACAACUGCACCCGAGCUCCGGUCUUGGGCCCCCGCCAAUCAAAAGGCGACCCACCCCCCAAAGUUUAUUCGCACGCCUCACUUCCGACAGGCAGAUCAAAAGGCGGCCAUUGGGGGAGGUCCCAGUGACAACCAUAGCAAAUGGUGAUACCAGUCCCACCGCGCCUGCCAACCACCUUUACCGUACCUUGUGCCUACCAGUGCCAAGCCCACCUAUCAAACUUGACUGGCGAAAAUAAACCUAACAAUAAGUACAGUUUCACAAACCUUAGCGAGCAUCUCAACCAAUGAAACGGCAGCGGCUUGCCACGAAAAAUUUUGCACGCAGUGACAGCGAUACGCAUAUUGACAUGAUUUUGACGGCCAUUUGAAUUCCAUAUAGCUGUCUCCAUGCUUCAGGUGGCAAGGUCAAUGACAGUGUAUGCAGUGGAAUGGGUGCUAUAUCCCAAACAUCCACCAGCUUCCCCCUCUCAAAUCGCCACAAAACUGGCUGGCCUAUCAAAUUCAUGCUGAACGCCCAAUAAUAUUAUGCAAAAAUAAAACGAAAAAUAAUUAUCAGAUUAAUCAAUGUGACAAAAAUGGCAUCCCUGGUCAAAUUUCUCCAUUGGCUAAAAUUAAUGGAAAAUCCUCGU